UGCGAGAGGGGGGAGAAAGGGGCCAGCCCGGUCUAGCAAAUGAGAAAAUAGAGAAGUGGGGAGUCCGACGGUGAAUUUUACGUCAAGCUUGAGAUGUGGGCGUGAAGCAGGGAGAGAAAAAACACGAGGCAUUACCGCCUUCUCUUAACGGGGUGCACCAUUUCACUUCUCUGCGCCUCGCCGACAUCGGAAAAAAAAUCACAAAGAGUUUCUGAAUAGCUGCUUGAACUGAACCGCGAUGUACAACGCUCAGAUUUGGCAAUCUUUUCCCCUCACAACUAUCUAAAAUUGGCAUAUACUCCAAUGGUUUUACUGGACGUACGAUGGGAUUAACUUUGUCUGGAAGAUAUAUUUCAUUGUUUCUUGCUGUUCAAAUAGCCUAUCUGCUGCAGGCGGUUCGAGCGGCUGGGAAAUGUGAAACAGUGUUUAAAGGUUUCUCCGACUGCCUGCUUCAACUGGGAGAGAACAUGGCCAACUAUCCACAGGAGCUGGACGAGAAGGAAAACCUUCAGACCAUCUGCACUUACUGGGAUGAUUUCCAUUCAUGUGCGACCACCGCUCUGGCAGACUGUCAGGAGGGAGCCACAGAUCUGUGGGAGAAGCUGAAAAAAGAGUCCAGAAAUCUGGACUUUCGCGGCAGCUUGUUUGAACUGUGUGCUGGCGGGAAUGGCGCAAACCGGUCAUCGGUUCCGUUCGGCGUAACGCUGCUCCUAACGGCACUGUCUGCGCUCGUGACGUGGAUGCAGUUUUAACCCACGGGAAGAUAAAAAAAAAUCUGAGAAGAAAAAAAGAAGAGCGAAAAAAAAGACAAGACACGACAUCAACGCAAGAAUAAAAAGAAGAAUAAUUAAAGACGAUCAAAUUCAUCCUCACCCAAAUGGAUUUAUAUACCUAUUUCAUCUGGAGAAAAAAAUACAAGACGUUUUUUGCAAGAGACAAUGGCAAGAAGAAGUCUUCUGGGAAUGCUCAAGCACAUUUGCCUGACUCUGGGUCGAUUUCAUGAAAUAUUUAUCAGUUAUUGAGUUGAAAUGACGGCCUGAAAUUUCUGAAAGGUCCUGGUUAGAAGCGUAGUAUUUUAUAACAUUACCGUCUGUUAUGAAUGAAUUAUUAUUAUUACUGUAGGCUUUUCACAUUCUCAACGGUCAUCAUGCAUAUAGAAAGAUAUAGGAAAUAUUUCUCCCAUCAGUUUGUUUUUAUAUGAUCUUUGUCGAUAUUUCGUUUUCAUUUUUUUUCUAAUUUGAUUAGAGUCCAGCCAAGUACAUGGAUGACGCGUGACGAGGGGUUGCUGACCCGGAUAUAUAGAAAGAAAACAAUAAUCACAAAGCUAAUAAGAGGCUAUAAAUAAUAAUAAUAAUAAUUCUAAUAAUAAUGAUGAUACCUCAGGAAUGAUUACAGGCAUUUAUUUAGUGGAAUACACGAGAGAAAACAUAUUUAAGAGAUUUUAUUAGUGAACACAGACAUGUGAAAUGUAGCCAUAAAAAAGGCUGUGAGGUGAGUUGACUGUUGCCAUAUUUCCCCCAAAAUGUUAUCCUAUUCCAUUGAAAGAAGAUUUCUCUUUUUUAUGUGGGACACAUGCUAUAAAGGAAACACUUUACAUUACAGUGUCCAUCAUGCAUAGGCUAAUGUGUAAUACCAAAACAAGCAGCUCCAGAGAAUAAUUACACGCCAAGUACACGUAGUUCAGUACUAUUACGCAGUAAUUACACUGCAGCGUAAAGUGUGGCCUGGAUAUUUUCCCCGACAGUAUCGUAGCACGACAAUAUCUGGACCUUGACAUUAAUAGUUGGAUGAAGUGUAUUUUGCUAGCUUUAUUUGAUGUUGCCAAGGCAUAGACCACGUUUCACUGCCUUCAGAAGAUGUGUAUUUUGUUCGUUCGUUUGUUCGUUUCUGGGGAUGUUGCAUAUGAAAUACCUGAAUAUUCAAAACCAUAAAGUAAAUAAGAGAUGUAUGUGAAAAGAAAAGAGAGAUACUUUAACAGAAACAGUUUUAAAACAGAUUGAUUAUACAGGUAUAUAAAAUAGACUGCUAAAAAGAAGUAUUUAAAAGUACUAAAUAAAACAGUUACUGUUUGAAGAGUG